GGAACGCAAAGUCGAGCCGGCCCGUUUUCGGGCUCCCGUCCACAAUUUCGCCGCGAGUCCGAAGAAGAGCUAGUUGUGUCUGACGCAGGGGGACGCCGCCGAGCGUUGCGGAAAAACAGGGAACCCGAAUCCAACGUGUCUUGCGCGACAACUUUUCCUGCAAUGCGUCCUGUCGGUCUUUUCAUUCUUGUGCCACAGUUCGUUUUUCUUUAAAGAGUGGAGUGUCUACGUUUUCGGGAUACCCAUUAACACUGCGGUGUCAUUGUUUGACGAAGUUGACACAGGAACCAUGGAGCGAGCUAGCGCCGCUGCGGCAACACGUUCGCCUAUCUUCGCGUCUGCACUGACCAAGAGAAAACCCCUCCUAUUGCUGCUUGGAUUCGCGGUCGUCUUGACGUUUUUCACUUGCGGGGUUCCAACUACCUCUCUGCGGCUGAGGGGCCCCAAAUUCACUCUGCAGGAUAUGAAGAAAGCCAUCAAAGACGCGAAAGACGGUGUGAAAGGUGUUGAGGACGCUAAGAAAAAACAUCAGAAGGCUGAGGAUUCCGCCAAGAAGGCAUCAGGAUCAAAGAAAGACAAGCUACAGAAGGAGGCAGACGAAAAGAAAGAAACGUUGCAGAGCAAGAUUAAGGAUAUGAAGCAAAAAUGCGAGGAGUUGCGUCAGGUGAAAGAAGGCACCAAGAAUAACAAGGGACUCAGUGAUAAAGAAAAAAAGGAUUUCUCGAAGGAAGGAGAGAAAGCCGACGAGGUUCUCAAAAGAUGCGGGACGGUUGUGUAGGUGUAGCUCUUCAUAACCAACCUCUUCCUCUGUGGCCAGGAAACGUGCUGCAGGAGCGAGACGGCUUCGCCGAAAGAAGGGAUUUGCACAAAAAGACCGUGACUUGUACAGAUGGGAGCGCGUCGCGGUAUCCUCUGUGCGGACACCGGGACCAAGCGUUUUGUUACACGAAUGGUUUUAAAGUGUGGUGCUCGCGUUUUGGAAGAAACGUUAGACGAGUGCGUGGCACUCGCAAAAGUUUGCUGUUGCUGGGAACGUCGCUGCAAGACUCAAAAACAGUCAACCUAUGAUUUUUCGUUUG